AAUACAGUAAAUGUUCUGGUUAAUGUCCCUUCCAGCACAACUAUCCCUUGUACUUGAGGAUUUACAUUUAUCUGUACUUUGACUUUACUGCAGUUGUGGAUCUAAGUUUUUCUUCCACCGGAUUCUGGAGCAGCUUGACGUUUGCUCUCGGCCUCGUCUACUUGGGUUUUAUUGUGAAACGUCGAGUCGGAAGUCACGUGUUUUGUAGUCCUGUAGCUCGGUGGUGUUGUAACGUGAAGUAAGGUCACACCGGAUGCUAACCGGAGCUAACAGCAGCUAACAACAGCUAACAGCAGCUAACCGGAGCUAACAGCAGCUAGCCCGAGCUAACACACUUUCUGUCUCCGGUGAUUUUUAAUGAUGAUCAACGAUCAGAUGAAACAUUAAAAAAAAACGUCAGGCCGUGAAACGUCGGUGCUUCCGGUCAAACAGUGUUUCCUAAAGUCGUCAACCUGACUCACUUCCUGUCUGUCAUCUCUAACCUGACCCCAGGUGGUGCUCAGGGAUCCCUUCAGUCAGACUAGUGGCCAUUAGAGGAACUGCUGGUGUUCCUCUCAACCCCAGGUCAGCUGAUUCCUGAGGAUGGCACGUCACAGUAAACUGCAGAAGCAGAUCCUGGCUCUGUACCGUCACUUCCUGCGGGCCGGGCAGGACAAACCGGGCUUCAUCCCCCGGAUCCAAGACGAGUUCAGGGUGAACGCUCGCAUCAAGAAGACGGAUGUGAUGCACAUCGAGUAUCUGUACCGGCGAGGACAGAGGCAGCUGGAGCAGCUGAAGGACGUCAACACCAAACAGCUAGGCUCCUUCUCCAAACCCCACGACCAGAGCUGACCUCCGACCUGCAGCCACGUCAUGUGACCUCAAACACCAACGGAUACCUCACAAACACGCUGCGUUCAAGUACAGCAGGAACUGGAGAGCUCAGUGUGAAGAACAGGCGAUGUGAUAAAUGUAGAACUUGGAGACUUCAAGUGACUAUGGG